UUAUUAUUAUAUCAAGAUGAGUCAUAAUGGCAUAAAUAUUUGAAUAUCUAUCCAUUUAUUGAUUUAUUUAAUGAUUUUAAAAAUGCUAAAGAUUAUUAAAUGACCAGAACCAAACCUCACCACCUAGGAUUAUCCACAAGAAGCGAUAGCCUUUACAAUAUAAUCGGCAUACAAAAAGAUUCAAAUCAAGAUGAUAUUAAAAAAGCUUAUCGAAAAUUAGCUUUAAGGCUACAUCCAGAUAAAAAUCUCAAUAAUCCUGAAGCGACAGAAAGAUUUCAACAGGUCAAUAGAGCUUAUGCAGUAUUGUCUGAUCCAAAUAAAAGAAAUCUAUAUGAUCAAUAUGGAGGUUUGGGCUUGUUAAUUGCAGAACAGUUAGGUGAAAAUAAUGUCAAAGCCUAUUUUUUUCUACAAUCUAAAAUUUGCAAGGCAUUUUUGACAGUGUGUGGACUACUCACCUGUUGCUUUUGCUGUUUUUGUUGCUUUUGCUGUUGCAACUUUUGUUGUGGCAAAUUUGUUCCAAAAUUUCCAGAUGAAAAUGGAGAAUAUACAAAUUUAAAGGAAACUUUUGAAAAAAGAAAUUCACGAGUAAUAACCACAGACCCCACCAAUCCAAGUUUUUCUAAAGCUAAAUCCUCGGAAAACCCGAGUAGCGAUGAUGACGAAAAACAACACGUUGACUGCACCCACCCUACUCCGAAGAGCCAUGUAACCGUAACCAAUUUAUCAGAGCACAUUCAUCAUGACCCCAACAUUCCUAUUCCCUUGUCAGAUCAUUUUACCAUAAAUGAAACCACUAAUUUAAAUUUAAAUAAAGAUCAUUUACCGAAUUACACUAAAGAUAUAACUCGUGGCACCGAUAUAUUGAAUUGACUUCCUCCAGGUGGAUUUAUCUUAAACCGACGAAUUGUGUAUUUAUAUGUAUAUAAAGGCACAUUCUUAUUUUAUACAUGUUUAUUAAAAUUUGUAGUUUAUCGAAUGAUUUAUAUUUAAUAAUUUUUCUUAUAACCAAUAAAUAUAAACGUGAACUUGAUUUUUAAUUAAUAAAAUAAUUGUUCAUCAGCUCAUUCAAAUUUUAUAUCUAAUUAUAAAUUUUAUAAACGUGUCUAUGAUUUAACCUAAGUUUGCUACUCCUAUGUUAUAAUAUAUCUACGUUAUUUCAAUGUUAAAUUG